AUGGCUGCUCUCCCCGGGACUGUACCGAGGAUGAUGCGCCCAGCGCCCGGGCAGAAUUACCCCCGCACCGGAUUUCCGCUGGAAGUCUCAACCCCCCUGGGCCAGGGCCGAGUCAACCAGCUGGGGGGCGUCUUCAUCAAUGGGCGCCCUCUGCCCAACCACAUCCGCCACAAGAUCGUGGAGAUGGCGCAUCAUGGCAUCCGUCCCUGUGUCAUCUCUCGCCAGCUGCGGGUCUCCCAUGGCUGCGUGUCCAAGAUCCUCUGCCGGUACCAGGAAACGGGAUCCAUCCGCCCAGGAGCCAUCGGUGGCAGCAAACCCAGGCAGGUUGCCACUCCAGACGUGGAGAAGAAGAUUGAAGAAUACAAGCGGGAAAAUCCUGGAAUGUUUAGCUGGGAGAUCCGAGACCGGCUACUCAAAGACGGUCACUGUGAUCGGACCACUGUCCCUUCAGGUUUAGUGAGUUCGAUUAGCCGCGUGCUCCGAAUCAAGUUCGGGAAGAAGGAGGAAGAGGACGACUGCGAGAAGAAGGAGGAGGACUGCGAGAAGAAAGCCAAGCACAGCAUCGAUGGCAUUUUGGGCGACAAAGGCAGUAGAUUGGAUGAAGGAUCUGAUGUUGAAUCCGAACCUGACCUUCCCCUGAAGCGCAAACAGCGUCGGAGCCGGACAACUUUCACGGCGGAGCAACUGGAAGAGUUGGAAAAGGCGUUCGAAAGGACCCAUUAUCCAGAUAUUUACACCCGGGAAGAGCUAGCUCAGAGGACGAAGCUCACAGAGGCACGAGUCCAGGUGUGGUUCAGCAACCGGAGAGCCCGUUGGCGUAAGCAGGCCGGGGCCAACCAGCUGGCCGCUUUCAACCACCUCCUGCCGGGCGGCUUCCCCCCAGCCGGAAUGCCAACGUUGCCCCCCUACCAGCUGCCCGAUUCGACGUACCCGACCACGACUCUCUCCCAAGAUGGGGGCAGCACCGUGCACAGGCCCCAACCUCUCCCCCCAUCCACCAUGCACCAGGGAGGGCUGUCGGCCACCACCGGUGACUCCAACUCUGCCUACGGAGCCCGCCAUGGUUUCUCCAGCUAUACCGACAGCUUCAUGAACCCCACAGCUCCGGCCAAUCAUAUGAAUCCCGUCAGUAACGGCCUCUCCCCCCAGGUGAUGAGCAUCCUCAGCCACCCCAGCGGCGCCCCCCCCCCGGCCCCGGCCGACUUCUCAAUCUCCCCCCUCCACGGCGGCCUGGAGAGCACCAACUCCCUCUCGGCCAGCUGCAGCCAGCGCAGCGAGUCCAUCAAGUCCGUGGACAGCCUGCCCACCUCCCAGGCCUACUGCCCGCCCACCUACACCAGCACGGGCUACAGCGUCGACCCCGUGGCCGGCUACCAGUACGGCCAGUACAGCCAGACUGCCGUUGACUAUCUGACUAAGAAUGUGAGCUUGUCCACACAGCGCCGGAUGAAACUCGGGGAACAUUCAGCCGUGUUGGGGCUCCUGCCGGUUGAAACAGGCCAGGCCUACUGAAGGCUCGCCCACGGGUCCUCCCGUGCCAACCGUCUGCCACCAAGGAGGCAAAACGCAAGAGACCCGCUUCUGCCACCAACCUUCCUGGGACCAGCCUCCCUCCACCACCCUUCUCUCCUGGGACCCGAAGCACCAGGCCUUCCCAACCUCGCCUCCGUCAGGGGCACCCUACCCGAAUCCUCGCCCUGCGCACCUGUGAAGACACCCUCCCUAAUGACCGUGUUCGACGCUCCAGAGACAAUGAGCUGGCAAAUGACUUUUCCAGUCUUCGAGAGCCUGGUGGCCGCGGGUCCCACCAGCGCGCCAUCCUUGCG